GUGUGGGAGAGGUGGCAUCUACAGUUUACGGAAGCAAGAUGACUUGUCUAGCUUUAGCUGGAACAACAAAACUUGGCUUUCCUGCACUUGUGAUCAGCCCCUGCAGACGCACAGGAAGAAAACGGCUGACUACAAAGACGCAAGGGAUGCCUCAGUCUGAGAGAGAGAGUGGGAGAGAAUAUGAACAUCAGCCAACUUUGAAAGAAGAACGUGAUGCAUCUCCUCCUCGCUUAAACAACUGUUCUUCACUCCCAUGUGAUGGUCAUUGUUCUUCUGAGGGAGCUGGUGAUGAAGAACGGAUGCAGUUUUUGCAGCUUGUGUUUCAGAAUUCUCGAGUCGGUCAGAUCAGACCGUCAGUUCUCCGCUCUACAGCUUUCCUGCUUCAGGCAAAUGAGAGCAACCAAACAGCAAUGAGCAGAAGAAAAGACACGAGUCACAGUGCACAGAUUUCCAUCCAAGCUGUUCCAUCCAGCCUCGUCCAAACAGAGAUGGAGAGUUCUAGCUCUCUUUUUGUAAACGGACAAUGCCGUUGGCCUGGCUGUGAUGAAGUCUUUGCAGGGUAUUCUCUAUUUCUUAGACACCUAAACCGAGACCACAAAACAGGGGAGAGAACUAUGGCUCAGUGGCGAGUUCAGCAAGACCUGGUGCGUCACAUGGAGAAUCAGCUCAUUCAGGAGAAGCAGAGACUACUCGCCAUGCAGCUCCACCUUCGGCUGUUUGAGAAUAUCUCAACGCACACCGGAGGAACUUCAGGUUUGUGGAAGCCGUUGGCUCCUAAUUUUCCCCCAUUGGGCAAGCCAGAUGGCAGGACAGAGAAAGCUAAUGAAGCACCAGUACGACAGGGACACUGGCACACACCCCCACCACACCUGCUGCCAGAUUUUGUUAGCAGUGUCGAAUACUACAAAUAUGCCAAUGUACGACCUCCAUAUACGUACGCUUUCCUAAUCAGAUGGUCAAUACUGGAAGCCCCAGAAAAAGAGCGGACGCUCAAUGAGAUAUACAACUGGUUCACCCGAAUGUUCUUUUUCUUCCGUUAUAACGUCCCAACAUGGAAGAAUGCUGUGCGACACAAUCUCAGUCUUCAUAAAUGCUUUGUGAGGGUGGACGGAAGGACAGGGGCAGUUUGGACAGUAGAUGAGAAAGAGUUUCAGAAGAGAAAGGGGCAGAAAAUCAACAGGGAUUAUACUUUGAAAUGGCUGACACCCUUCCUUCAUUCUCCAUCCCAUGAUCCCUCAGAUUUAUCAAUGACAGCCGCAGAUUCUCAGUGAUAUUUCCAGUUUGCAGUUUAAACUGUUAUCCGCUUUUUAAAGGUGAAGAGUCGUUACGUUUGCAUUUAAGUAUUUAGACAAAAGAUAGCUAUGUUCAUAUUUGUUUUUUAACCAAACUGUUCUUGUCAAUCUAUUUGUAAGUCUGUCCUAUAAAAUAUGUUGUUCAUUUAUUAUCUUACCAAUUUCUAAACAAUUAUUGCAGUGUAAUUAUUUAUGCAGACAUUUUGUUUUUCAUAGACAGUAAUUUAAAUAAUCCUGUUUUAUAUAAACUCAAUUUAUUAAAAUGUUUAAAAAGGAAAUAUAGUAUUGUAGCAGUGAUAUAUACCAGAAGAGGGCAUCUGUGUGUGUAUCAGUGAAUGUGCCUGUGUGAGAAUAUAUUUGGGGUGUGGUAAUUCAGUAACAGUGCAGUCGAGGACAAAAAAGCAUCCUGGAGUGAGAAGACAAAGACAUUUAUUUUUUCAUGUUGGCAUUUCAUGAGUUUCACAUCAUACUGAUGAUGCUUAUACAGCAGUAAGUGACUCACUUGAAAUCCCACAAUAUCAUCAUCUUUUAGAUUUAUUCUGUGUCUUGUUUUUUCUCAGAUGUGAAAAUGGACUCUUUGUUUUCAGUUUUGAUUUGUUUUCAGCUUUUUACUCCGCACACACACACACACACACACACACACACACACACACACACACACACACACACACACAUGCGUGACUGCGCUGCAGUUGAGAGGAGAGUGAAUAAAUCCGCUGCAUCUGUUCCCCUGUGUGCUUCUCUGCUUUGUCUUCCAGCUUGAUGGGAACGCAUCCAUCCCUCAUGAUCCUUCAGCAUGUGCUUUUGUGUCCUCUGCUGCCCCAGGCUUUUGUUCAGCUUCACAUAUCAGUGUCACUAUACCCACAAUGGCAGUGAUUGUGGCAUUGCAUCCUAAAGAAAACCAGUAUUGGUUUGACACUUCUUCAAAUAAGAAUUUUUUUAAUUUAAAGAACUAUUUUACCUAAAAUGUUGAACUGCGUUGGUCUUUGUGAGCCUCUUACACAAUCAGAAAAAGUUAAAAGCAUUAGUAUAUUCGAACAGAACAAAUUUGAGAACUAUGGCAGCUGUGAGCAAUUGUAUUGAUUUCAGCCCUUGUAAUACAGUGCGUGUGUAUGGUUUACUGUACCUGGAGUUGUAAAAUGAAUGUAGAUUGUAUAUGCAAAAUAAUCUGGAUUAGGUUGAAUUGGAUGAGAAAUGUUUGAGUUCAAAGUGAAAUUGUAUAUAUAAUAUAUAAUAAUGUUGACAUUGUUAAAAUCUUUUCUCAAUCUUUUAUGGAGACAUUUGUGUGUUUGUUUUGUUUUUUUCCCCAUAAGAGACAUAAAGUUUCCAUUUACUCUUCAUUAAUUCUCAUUGAUAUCUUGGAGAAUUAAUUGAGAAAUUAAAAGGAGUCAUUUGUGAUUUUUCUCUUAUAGGAGAUAAGAAUGUUGUUUGUCAGUAUUGUUUAAAAUAACGUUCCUCUUAUUUUAUUACUUUAUUUUCCAAGCUGCUGUUGCAGGACUCCUCUCGGCUGCUGAUAAUUGUUUUGGUUCAACAUGGUUGUGACAAAACAUAUCAACACACAUCCAACACUCUUGCUGUUUUAUUGUUUCCGUGGCUUUGAGCCCGCAGAUAUAUCCUAAAGAAUAGGCGGUUGACACCCUCGGGGUAGAGCUCAUAGCUGGACCCUAAUUACACUCGGAGCAUUUUCUUCAGACAACACAUCUCAUUAUAUUGGCUUCUGGACAGCCUCAAAGAUUCUGACAGGUGCUUAUUAUCUGUUCUUCCUCCCCUGUUGACUUUCUGCACCAAACAGGUGUCUCAGCUCCUGUAUCCAGUGUUAUAUGACUGCUGUGUUUUCAUUACCUGAACCUGCCAUGCAGCGGAAAUAAAACAUGGUAUGUCCUUCAGGGACAGUGGUUUACUGCCACUGAAUCAUUGCGCAUUAGUGGACAGUGUACAUUUUUUAACGUUUUCUCUCUUACUCCAUAGGUGUGUGUCAGAAAAAAGUGUC